AUAAAAGAAGCCCGCAGCCUCCCGGGACCGAUUAGUUACAAAACAGAACAGUCUGUAGAACGUUUGUGAGUGUUUGUCUUUUUUUUAUUGUUCUCUGCGAGUUAAAAGUUGACCGAGGAUCGCACUAAACCAACAUGGCAAAGUUUCUGGUAUCCAUGCUGCUGUUGACCGUCGUCGUCAUGGUGGUUAGCGCACAAGGCUUGGGCGGACAGCAUGGCGGUGGCGGCCAGCAUGGUGGUGGCGGACACCACGGUGGACAGUUUGGUGGCGGUCAGCAUGGCGGUGGUGGCCACCAGGGAGGCUUCCAGGGCGGCCACGACGGUGGACACGGUGGACAUGGUGGACACGGUGGAAAGAACGUUCAUGGAGGUGGUCACGGACAAGGAUUCGGUGGCGGCCACGGUCAAGGAGGCCAUGGACAGGGUCACGGUUACAAAGCUCACGGCUAUUGAGUGAAUGGCAGCUAACUGAUUAAGGAUAACAAUAAAUGUGAUUUGAUUAUGUA